CCGCGGCGGUCCGCCCGCCCGCAUUUCCACGCAACCGCCGGCGGACUGCUGCGUUUUCCUUCUGCCCGGCCCGGUGCCCGCCAUGCUGCCCCCGGGAGCGCUCCGCCGGCCCCUCGCCGCCGCCGCCCGCCUCGCUCGGGCGCGGGCCCGCCCUCCGGUACUCGCAUCCCUUGCUACAGGGCCUAGGCAAAAUAAUAGCAUUUUCUACGAAAUCCGUACAUACGAUAUUAAGCCAUCGAAGAUGAAGGAGUUUGUGGAAGUUUUCAACAAGUACUUUCACCUUCGCACAGCUCACUCAGAGCUGGUGGGAUUCUGGUCUGCAGAGCUGGGUGCAAUGAAUAAGGUGGUCCACGUUUGGAAGUAUGAUAAUUUUGCCCACAGAACUGCAGUCCGGCAUGCACUAGCCAAUGACAAAGCCUGGCAGGAAGCAUUACUCUCCCGACUUCUUCCCUUGAUAGAAAAGCAGCGCAAUGAGGUUGCUUAUCUAGUACCCUGGUGUCGAUUGGGGAAGCCUCCAAAAGAAGGGGGAGUAUAUGAAUGGAUUACAUUCCAGGUGAAGCCUGGUGGGCCAGCAUUGUGGGGUGAGGCAUUUCAAGCUGCAAUCAAUGCUCAUGUCAACACAGGCUACGCCAAGCUGAUUGGUGUUUUCCACACAGAAUGUGGAUUACUUAACACAGUCCAUGUGAUCUGGUGGAACGAGAGCCCAGAUCACUGGGCAGUAGGAAGGCGCAGUGCCCAUGAAGAUGCCAGAGUGGUAGCAGCUGUGCAGGACAGUGUCAAAUUCUUGGAGUCCCAGCAAAAUAUGCUCCUGAUUCCAUUUCAGUGCUCACCACUGAAGUAAACUUCUUCUAAAGGAUGUCACUGACAGCAGAAAGGACAAAAUGGAAGUACUGUCAAGUGCCAUCACAUGGAUUGUCAUACCCUCAUGAACCAAGCUCUUUUUCAGUUUACAAUAAAUGGAUGUAAAAUACUGAUCAUUAGCACUGUAAAUCAGUAAAAUUUUGUACCCUGUUAGCAAUUGCUAAACAGAACUUUAUGAUGAUGUUCCUACAUCCCCAGGAAAAAGAACUCAAGCCAUAUCACUUCUGGCGUGAACCACAUUUCAUCUGUCUUUUAACUGCUCAGUUCUUAAGAAUUUUCUGCAUAGCUAGAUCACUCACCAAACCUAGUAAGUUAACUGCUCCCUUCCAACAUUAAAGCUUAGGGCUGGUAUAAUUUUCAAUACCUCCAUCUUGGCUAUUGCAUACUGGUUUAAAAAGAAAUGCCCCCACAUCUGUCACCCAGUUACGUUUUAAUCAGACUUCUCACUGGAAUGUUUUGUAUUAAUUUUAAGUAAUGUAAAAUAUUAGUGUGGCUGGAAUAGCACCUAGAAGGUGCUGUAGUGAAGCUGGCCAGGUACUGUAUGCUGGUGAAAUCUGCCAUGAUGUGAGCAUUUAUUCACAAUCUUGUAUAGUUCACUUCAGCCAUUUUUCAUUCAGUAAACACUUCCUCAAAACUGUUGGUUAUACACAUAACGCUUUGCCUUAGGUAUUUUAAUAUUUGUUUAGGAUGCUGAAGUUGCUUAGCACUUCUUGUUUAACUGUGCAGUCAAACUCAGCUGACCUGCAUGUGCUUAUGUUCUCUGAAAUACUUUUUGCCAGAUUGUUAAAAGCCAAAUAAAUUUAUACAAAGCAU